AUGGCUCGGAAUCUCCCCCUCGUCCUCCACCCGUCUCCUCCCACAUCCAAUCAAUCUCCUUUGGCCCACCCCAACGUGACAAGGCGCGAGGGCAGAAAAACCGCUCGCACAUACAGACAGAGUACAUACAGUACACAGAAGAGGGUGAAUUCGCCUCCAAACAGCUUUCUAAAACAAAACAAAAAGAGAACACCAGGCCCGGGCUACUCGCACUCUAUUGGACCAUUGACGAUCGGAUCAAAUCAGUCGCCAAUCACGAAGCUGGACCUAUCCGUUCCCGCAUUCUUUAAGCAUCUUAUCGAUAAACGCGUGCUGUGUGCUGUACGGGUGUCUACGAAGAAUCUCGCGCCCGCGCGCGGAAAGCGAGGAAAGACAGACAGACGUUCCCUCCGAGACCUCGGGUAA